GCCGGUCUACUCUCAUCACCGCCCGGUUAUUCUCUACUGAGAGGGCGUUCAUUCGUGAGGAGGGGUGGAGGCGCACGACACGACCGCUGCCCAAUUUGAACAAUUAUCUCUGAUGAGCGCAGAUUGGUUUCACUAACAAGCGCAGGUGCGGAGGAUUUGUGAUGCGGCGCAGCUGAGCGUUUUUCAGGUUUGUGCCUGGACACUGGCGCAUCCUUAUGUUGAACAUUAACUCUUCACCGGAUACAGAGUUUAUUUUUUCCCCUCCUUUGGGCUGGGAUGCAUGCUACAAAAUGAGAUCUAGUCUUGUAUGCCAGACUCGAUCUAAAUUCAGGAGCAUUGCUGAAUAAAUCUGGAUCCACAUUGAGAAUUUGACCGCACUGUCAUUGCCCUGUCCAGCCUAAAAGCUUCCUCUAAAUCUGUCGGGAAAACGGAAACAAAAAAUCAACUUCAUCUCUCUACUGCCUGCGCACUUGGACGACUUGAAAUGAGGAACACAUUUCGGCUUUUUUCCCUGUGAAGAUACAAGCCGGGCGGCAGCUUUCCCUUCGGCUCUCAAGGACGCGCCAGAAAAAAAGUGGCCCCUGGCCGAGCGAGCUGCGGAGCAUGGAGCGGGACGACUCCGAAGCCGUGAGCCCGUCCAAAAAGACGAUCAUCACGAAGAUCUUCAAAGUUCGCAAGAGGAGGGAGAUGCUGUUCGUUCAGGUCUGCUUCAUCUGCAGUGUCCUCUUCGUGGCAUGGAGCAUGUCGGCUAUGUUGGGCAAGACAGGUCAUGGGAUGACUGUAGAAGGACAUCCAGACUUUGAACACUGGGGUAGAAGGCUAAUGGCCUCCAUCUCUGAAAAUGACACUGAGCCAAAGAACUGUUCGGAGCCAGCAAUACAUGAGUUUCCGGAUGACCUUUUCACCAACAACGAACGAAAGAGUGGAGCAGUCCUGCUGCAUAUUGUGGCGACUCUCUACAUGUUCCUGGCUCUUGCCAUAACUUGUGAUGAAUACUUUGUGACAUCGCUGGAAAAGAUCUGUGAGAAACUAGACCUUAGUGAAGAUGUUGCGGGAGCCACCUUUAUGGCAGCUGGCAGUUCUGCACCAGAGCUCUUUGCAUCUGUCAUUGGUGUCUUCAUCACCCAUGGUGAUGUGGGAGUGGGGACCAUCGUCGGCUCAGCAGUUUUCAACAUCCUCUGCAUCAUUGGUGUGUGUGGAAUCUUUGCCGGACAGGUGGUGUUGCUGACCUGGUGGGCUGUUUUCAGGGACUCCUUCUACUACACCCUGUCUGUCAUAGCUUUGAUUGCAUUCAUCUAUGAUGAGAAGAUUGUUUGGUGGGAGAGUUUAAUCCUGGUGAUUAUGUAUGCUGGCUACAUCCUGGUCAUGAAAUUCAACUCCAGCAUGCAACGGUUUUUCAUGGGGAAGUCCAAAAAAAAUGUGGCCAAUGGUAACGCUGCGACUAGUAGUGAGAUGGAGGAUGGUAAUGCUUGUUUUGACUAUAUUUGGGAUGAUGACCCAUCAUCACCUUUACUCUCAGCAGUCAAGCCAAGCAAAGCUUACAGCCGUGGCUCAGUGGUAAUGGUGGAUGAGAUGAUGAAUGCCAGCCCAUCAAAGUUUAGGUUUCCUGAGGCUGGGCUCCGUGUCAUGGUCACCAGCCACUUCGGUCCCAAAACCCGCCUCCGCAUGGCCAGUCGGCUCAUCAUCACAGAGCGCCAGAAGUUGGUGCAAGCCGCCAAUGGUGUGGAGACGCAAGUGAUGGACGGAAAGGUUGAAAUUGAGAAUGGCAACGUGCCAGAGGACAAACCCAAAGAGACAGAAGAAAAUGACACAAUUUCACCAUUUCAUAUUCCAAGAGCUGUGGGCAGCAAGAUCAAGUGGCUGAUCUCAUGGCCGCUCCUAUUGCUACUUUUCUUUACUGUCCCCAACUGUGCCAAGCCUCGCUGGGAGAAAUUCUUCAUGCUCUCGUUCAUCCUUUCCACUGUCUGGAUUGCAGUCUUCUCCUACCUGAUGGUCUGGAUGGUCACCAUAAUUGGUUACACCCUGGGAAUCCCGGAUGUCAUCAUGGGGAUCACGUUUCUGGCCGCAGGCACAAGUGUUCCAGAUUGCAUAGCCAGCCUCAUCGUGGCUCGACAAGGUUUGGGUGAUAUGGCAGUGUCCAAUACAAUCGGCAGUAAUGUGUUUGACAUCCUGGUGGGGCUUGGGGUUCCAUGGGCAUUGCAGACUAUGUGUGUAAACUAUGGAUCAGAGGUGAUGAUUAACAGUCGGGGGCUGGUGUAUUCAGUGGUACUUCUGCUGGGCUCUGUAGCGCUUACGGUGUCGGGAAUCCACAUAAACAAGUGGCAGCUGGAUUUCAAGCUGGGUGUCUAUGUCCUUGUCCUGUAUGCCGUGUUCCUCUGCUUCUCCAUCAUGAUAGAGUACAACGUCUUCACAUUUGUCAACUUGCCAAUGUGCAUUGAGAAGUAGAGCACAACAGCAUGCAACGAGUACCAAAACCUCAACACCAUUACCUUGGCGACCUUCACAUUUUCUUUUUUUUUUAUUCCCCCUGACAAACUGCACUUACCUGGCAACUCUUUGUUCUCCCCCUUUGCUUGCAGUCUUUGUUAAUAUUGAAUAUAAAUCUAAUUUUCUUAUAAGGCAGUGCUCUGUAAUUGUGACCUGUCAUGUAUCUAAAUCGUCCAGGUGUCGCACAGCGGUGGUCCUUUGUUGCUCGUUAUUUCAGGCAUUGCUGUCAAACUGUCUCUGUAGGCCUGCCAACUCUCUGCCCAUCAAGCAUGCCUUUAGAUGUUGUGGACCUUCAGAAUCAGAAGUGCCCCUUCUAAUUUCACUGCUCUCACUUUAGAUUUUCCCUAAUCAGAACAAUGUUCCAUAUCAAGCACUUUCUAAAGCCCAAACUUUAUUUAAAUGUAAAGCCAUUCCUAAAAAAAGAUGACUAAUGUGUAAAAAAUCUUUUUCUUGUAAACCAAGAGAAGAGGGUAGGUUGUCAUCCUCCCUCCUUUAGCUUGGACCUGAACACCCCCGCCCCCCCGGCAUGGCCUUAGGCAACAGGGAGCUGAUGCUGUUAGUGCUUUACUCCACCCCCACCCUUGCCUGCUUCCCUUUUUCCUACAGACCCUUUUGUCAGGACACUUUAAUUCAUCUUGUAUCACAGUCCAGAUCUAGUGGCUGUGAUGGUGUUAUGCAUCUGCACCAUUGCACAAUGUAAAUUUGUAAACACUUUUUUUGUAUUUAUUUUUUUUCAAAAGAGGUUUUGUCUAGUUUAAAAUAUAGAAAUGAGCUUGUUGCAGAAAGCAGACAUUGCUAGUCUUUCUUUGAAAGCUAAUUGCACAUCUUUGUUUAUUUAAACCCCUAGAACAUGAGGUAAAAAAGGCUGAAAGUUGACAGCCCAGCUUCUGCCAUUUAAUUUAUUCCUUUGAACAUAUCCGCAUUAAGUCUCCAUCUGCCAGAUGAAUCUUUCAGUCCUUACGAGAUGACCUGGAGAUGGCUGCAGUUAUGGUCGCUGCAGUUAUGGUCGCUGCAGUGAUGCAAUCUAGCCUGCAGGGGUCACUCCAGCCCCUUUACCAUGGAAGAGCAGGCAUUCAGUACCACUAGUUUUCAAGAAACUGUUUAAAAGCUCCUGGGUGUGGAGAUAAAGGUCAUGUUUUAUUUAUUUUUUUUCUUGCGUUGUAUGUAGAUAUUGCACUUUAAGAGCCGUCCUCUCAUUCUGAAUCAACUAGUGCUUCCUUCUGUGCGUUUGUACUUUCAGUGUAUACAUGUCCAUGUGUCUGUGGGAAAGAAUGGUGUGUGUGUGUGUGCACAUUCUGUGCUUGCAUCACCUUUUUAAAACGGACUGGAACCUCUUUAACAACAUGAGCACACCUGUAUCUGUCUGCAGUGCAUGCUGGGACACAAAAACAAAGCUCCUCCACAGCACAGUAAAAGGUUGAGGGCUUCCGGGCAGUUUCUAUGGCUACUGCUCGGCCAACUUUACAAACAUGGCAGCUAAGAGCACUGUAAUCCAGACAUUUUGACACGAUGCAAAAAUGCCUGCGAGGCAUCCAGGAGUGGAGGUGCAGAGAGUAUUGAAGUGUGCGUGUGUAUGAAGUGUUUAAGUGUUGAACUAUCCUCCUCAGCCAUAUUGUUGGUGGAGGGCACUUGUAUAUGCAAACUAAAUGUAAAGAAUUUAUGUGGCAAAGGCCCCUAUAAGGUUGCCAUAAAAUGAUUGGGCAUCCUGUGGAGAUGUGGCGUCAGUUUGUCUAGUAUUUAAUACGUGAGCUCACAGGUGUGCGUGAAAGCAGAAGAACUGGGCAAAAAUAACAGACUUGUCUGGAGCAGUAGCUUUGAAAAAAAAAAGGCUUUUCUCCCAAUUAUUUUCUUUUUCCACUCCUGUGAAAGGGCAUUACCACCUCGCCAACCCUAGCUGAAGGAGCAGAGGGGCAGGAUAAAAAAACUUGUCAUCUUGGCAUCUCCUUGGACUCCAUUGUACAGAGCUGACUCUAAGGAAUUUACAAAAUGCUGGACCCCUUCCUUGGACUGCUACUCUACUGGGGUUUACGUGGAUUUGUUUCUGGGAUGUAGGUGGUGACAUAACCUACAGACUCCUCCUCACCCUCUUUGCGCAAGACUUGUAGAGCUUAAUUUUUUAUGCUUUCUGUGAAGACUGCAUGGUGUUGCUAUCUGAGUCCAUCUCAAUUUUCAGUCGGUUUGUCGUGCUCUGUUUGGUUAUGUACAAAUUACCAGGUCGGGGCACAAUAAUGGAUUUGCACUUUUUAUUUAAGUUUUUUUCCUGUCUGUGUUUCUGAUCGAAACCUUUGUUUCAAAAUCACUUUUUGGGGAAGGAGGGUCAAAAAGAGCAAGGAGGAGAGAAGCUUAGAUGCCAUAUUUGUUACUUUGCAUAAGUACAGAUUCUAUGGACAUAUGUACAAAAUGGGGCCAGCCACUGGAGGAAAUGCAUUAAUGAAGGAAGUUUGACAUGAGAGGACUGGUAUGUUUGAUUGCAACCUAAUGCACUGUGAGCUCAAUGUGAUGUGGGAUUUUUGUCAAUGAUGGAAAAAAAUAUAUUUAAUGUAAAUUUAGUUGCUAUAAAACAUAACUGAGGACAUCUGUAUAACUUAUAUGAAUGUACUGUCUUGCUAUACUGGACAUAUCCAACCAAUGCAUUUUACUGUAAAGCAAUAAUGUGAAGAAAAAUAAAUAAAUGACAAAAUGACUCCUAAA